AUGGAUGCCAAGCAGCAGAGUUCUUCAUUGGUGCCCUCUGCUCAGAACUCAGAAGAGCCCAUUAACUCUAAACCGAUCUUGGAACCUUCCACCUAUGAUUACCCAACAGAAGCCCUGAUCUCUGAGUUUUUUAUGGAACUAGCCACUUUAGAGAUACCUAAAAUCUCUUCUCCAACCUCUGAGAUACCUUUAGAAACCCAUUCCUCUGAACAUUACAUGAGGCCCAUCUCAAGCCAGGAAUAUUCCGAAGACCAGGUCCUUGAAAGCCCCUUGUCUUCCCCCUCAGAGACCCUUUCUGCUGAAUAUGAGAAGGUACAGUAUGUUCCUCACACCAAAGAAGAGACUGUCAUAUAUGAGAAUCCUGCACUGAAAAUGGAGACUUCCAUUUUCCAGACCUCUUUUGGACGCUCUACUAAGGAAAAACACUUGGAUUUUCAAGUCCAUCCAGACCUUGUCUCUGUGUCUUCUUUUGAUGAUUUGCAAGAGCUUACUCAGACUUCCGGUUUUCCAGAAAGUCCUACUAAGCAGGCAGAAAUGGCUGACAUGGCUAAGGCACUGCACAGACAGAAGUUUCAUUCUCAGGGGAAACAUCUUUUCCAUUGGGCUGAGAACACAUCCCUGAAUGCCAUCCAGUCAGGUCUCUACAUUGGCUGGCGCUGCCCCCAUUACCUCUGGGACUGUUUUCAAAUUGGGAAUGAGUCCAAGUGCUUCUGUGGUCAUUUACUGAAAGAGCAUAAAAUUCUAUCAGAUAUAUCUGUGCCCUGCAGUGUUAGCCAGUGUCGCUGCCUCAUGUUCUGCUUCAUCCCCUCACGCCCAGAAGAAGUAGGUGAGUUCUGGCUCAGGAGACGAGCCUUCUUUGACCCCAAGGCCUGGAGGGCCCUAUGUCGCUGCAAACACAGUCAUGAAGAGCAUGCGGCCACCGGUGGACAUCCCUGCAGAGUCAAAGGCUGUUGCUGUGUUUGCUUUGAAUCUAAUUUCCUGUGUGCGGCCUGUGACCGACGCUGGGAGGAACAUGAAACAUUUUUUGAGACCGAGGAUACCCGGCGACGAGGAGGGAGGCCUCAUGGUGAGAAAUAA